GUUUGACUCAACACUCAAUUAAUUGCCACUUAAUUGUCGACUCAAUUAUCACAUCAUAGUUACCACUGAUUUCACGACACCCAUCGUAUAGGUCUUCAACCAUAUCUGAGUGGAUCAGCUGUCGAUUGGAGUGAGUAUUAAGUUGUCGACGACUAUCACUGGCGGACGUGAUGUUGAAGCCGAAGACACUGACAAACAUCUUAAGUCAGGCCAACACGAGUGGAGUCCAAUGCACUCUUCUGCUGAACAGAGAGGGCACACUUCUGGCGUAUUCAGGCUAUGGUGACAAAGACGCCCGCAUGACAGCCGCCAUCACUUCCAGCAUUUGGUUGUCGUAUGAAAAGUACGGCAAAACAGCGCUCAAUGAGGACAGACUCACAUCCGUUAUGUUCGAGUGUCAGGAGGGCAAUGUGGUGGCGGCCAAUGUGGCCAACGUCUUGCUCUGUCUGUUGGCCCGAAAGUCGGUGCCGUUGGGUAUGCUUCAGAUGAAGAUCAAGUCGCUGACCGAUCACUUGGAGGAACCACUCAAUCAGGUGUCCGCCUCUUAAAGCGCCGACACUUUUAUUGUUUUUUGUAAUUUAAUUAUAUAUUGAAUACAAGUUUUAUUUAUAACUAUUUUUUGUCACAAAAAUCACUUUUUAUUAUAUAUACGAGCGUUUCGUUUGUUGAAUAAAUUGUCUUUUAAUUGAAUUUCUAUAAAAAUCAUUGCUUUUUGAGUCCAUACUAUAGGAAUGUAAUUGAAAUUGAAAUUAAAAGCCAAUGUUUUAAAUGAA